AAUAUAAUGCUAGUUUUUGAUAUGAUUAUGUUACACAUUAUCUAAUGGAAAUGUAAUACUAGUUUAUAUUAGUCGAAUAUUAUGGGUAAUUUUGCAAUAGCAUUUUAUUAAAUAAAUAUUCAUUAUACUUAGCUAGUUAGAAUAACUACCGAUUAAUAUUUAUAACAGUAUCGUAAAAUUUUUAUAAAAUAAAAUGGCCACAAGUAAUAAGACCAAGGAUCAAAUAGCGGAUUUGAUACGCAAGUUAAUUGAUGAAAAAGUACAGAAAUACGCGGAUAGUGGCCUGGAUGAGCACGAUCUUCGUGAUAUUGUAAGGGCCGAGGUGAACGCAGAGCUUAAAGAAAAUGGCCUUUUAUUUAACCCUGGCAAUCCAUCGCCUGCA